GUACUCUAUUCAUGUCUCUAUCAACUGCGCAUCUUCGUGGUAUGAUGUCAACUUUCCCAUAGAGCGGUCCAUACAUCGCAGGCCGUCACUGAUACCGGUAAAAUAUCUUCCUUGCAGGUUUUUUGUACGCGAUGACCUGAUGCUCACUUCCUUUACUCCACUAUCAUAGUAAGUAUUGACGUACUGGCUCGGACACGGACGCCUGUGGCCCGAAGUUCUCAUCCUUCCUUCAUUUCUUCCUCGACUAUUUCACAAAACUCAAAAUCACUGCCUGAACGCGAUGGCAACUCGUUAUUUCCCUGGAUUUCAGCGUGAUACUACUCGCGACCGACCAUUCUAUGAUCCUCAUCUUCCUUCUUAUUCCUCUGCUGUUCGCGAAAAAUUGCAUCUCCAGUCCAGUGGUAGCCAAUGGCUCGUGCCUAUGACAGGUUCAACGCGCCGAAUACGUCUCGAAUCCCUGAGCCCCGGGCCUCGCUUCAGACUAGCUCGAGUCGGUCGACGAAGAGGUUUCAUCUGUCGAUGUGUUGCUUUCCUUACCGUAGUCUUUGCCAUUGCCGUGAUCAUCCUCAUGUUGUUGGGUACUGAAGAGUCACACUGGACACCUCCGUUCAGGGAUUCAACCCUCGUGUUUGGCAGAGAGAAUUUGCAACGCAUUUGGAAGUGGGAAAUCGAGAGCGGACAUUACCCCAGCAAUGGGAAGAUACCCGAGCAGAUUGGUUUCACCUCCGCUAUUUUGAAUCCAGCCUUGCCUCCAGCAAAGGCACACACACUCAUUUCACCCUUUACGCCCCCCGCCAGGGCCAUUGGUCCCCGUAGGACUUAUCUUGAAAAUCAGAAGCACAUUGCAGAUUUAGAUAUCAUUCUAGAGCAAUGUAAUUUUUCAGAGGGCAAGUAUGUCCGCGAUUGCUUGGAAUUUUUGCGCGUCUCAGCUGGUUUGGAUAAUGGCCGAAGACUUCGACGAGGAUCAGUGGAUGAGUGGAAAUACGCUUUUAUGGAAGAGGAUCGACUAGAAGAAGAAAGUUUUCCCCGCGCUACGCAGGCUGCACCUAUAGCGCCUGCUGGACCAUACCCCACUGGACGCCAAAACUCCAAUGCGGGAUUGAUGAAGAAGAGGAACGUUCAGUGGGAGCGUCCACUAGAGCUCCCACCCCCCGAGCAGCCAAGCGUGGGUUCAAACCGUUCGACUGCUUGUGAUCCUGAAAAUCUCCGCCUGUUCCAUAUGUUUUGGGCAGGUCCAUUCAACGAGAAACCAUAUGUCGCGCUGUCAUCCUUUCUUUUCACUCAGAAUCUUGGCCUCCAUCUUGAACCGGGGCAAGAGCUUGACGUUUGUCGUCCACAGAUCUGGCUGUGGAUUAAUCCUGGUCCUGCAGCGGCCGUUCCCAAUCCCACCGCGCUCACAGAUAUGUACGACGCACUGAAGACGAACCCAUGGGCAGCACCUUUCCUUCAUCCGCGUUUCAAGAAUGUUAUCAAAUUCAGACUCUGGAACACGACGGAACAACUUGAUAGCAACCUUGAACUGAGAGACGAGUGGAGGAAAAUGGACACUCUCUUCAAUUCAGGAGGUGUAACUGUGAGCGUACCUGCCGAGCAACCUGCAGGGAGCUCUAAUGCUACCUUAUCUAAAACCGGUGACAUGGUUCAUCGCCUUGGUUCGAAAUCGGAAGCGACUUAUGACAGGCUUUCCGUGAUUUUGUCUGACAUGGCACGUUUUAUCGUCACUCAUCGCUAUGGAGGGAUCUACCUAGAUGCUGAUACCAUCUUCUUGAGGGACUGGGAGGAGCUUUGGGGAUGGAAAGGCGCGUUUGCCUACCGGUGGGUUCCUGCCCUUGGUUCUUUCCUCUUCCGUACCGCAUUGAAGAACGGUUUCGACUUUCAUCCUGUCGCUGUCUCUAAGUACCUUAAAGAGGCGCACCUGGAGAACCUUUUGUUACGUGUUCCUGAUGCGCUAUUCGACCCAGCGUGGCUAAACACGGAAGGCUAUCAAAUGGAAAGGCCACCGUACCCCUUUUUCGCCGGCUUCGCUGAUUUCUUUGACACUCCAGAAGUGCAGAGUGCUGCACCGCAGGCCACCGGAUUUGAAGGGUUCUUCAGGGGAGCAUUCUCAUAUCACUUUCAUAACUUCUGGUGGAAGCCAUUCGAUCUUGCGAGGAACUGGCCGGACUUGGGGCCUAAAUUUGCAGGUGGUGAAAGGGCAGCGCGUGCUGCUGCCAACCCUCAUGCAGAUCCUGAUGAUUGGAGCAACAAAAUAACCGAUGACAAGCGUGAUUUGGACUGGGCGACUGUGCUGAAGCGAACGUUUGAGGCCUACAUCCGUGGAGAAAGACCAAAUAUGUAUGGUGAAUGGUUGCGGUGGUGACGAUCUAAACAGAAAGAUAUUUUCAAUGCGGAUCUAUUUGGCGCGAACUUUGGACAGAUGCUAUCAAAAGACGUGUAAUUUAAUGAUAAGUUAGCUCAAAAUGCUGUUGUGUAUCGAAAAAUAGUGGAGAGCUGAAUGCAUAUGCUGUGGUGAUUA